CACAAGGGGCGGGCCUAGCAGUUGCGGUCGGAACUUACAGACGGGGUAAGGCUGGGGUGUGAGGAGUGUCGAUGCGUGGUACAGCUUCCCUAAAUGUUUAUGAUCAUCAAAAGUUGGUGACUAGCUUAUACAGGCCUGUCGCUAAUCGGGUAUCACAGCCCAUUGCCGUGGAUGACUUCGUAGAGCAAUCGCACCGCCCAUUCAACGUGGUUUGACAAUACUAAUCAGCCAGUAGGGUAGUGACUUUUGUACGGCACGGCUUUAGCCAAUUACAGAGCCGGAUUACCAGCACCUACAGCCCCAGACCGUGUUUAUGUAAUGGGAUUCCUUUUCUUUUCUUCUCCCGUACGAGAGGAGGGACAGGAUUUGCUAUAAAUGUGCCUGUAUCGAGCCGAGCGAUCCACACAGUGAAGGCUUUGACAAUCUUUUAAGUUGAGCUAGUGGGGAGCACUUUAGGUCCUCUCCCUGAAUGGAAGAGCACUGUUCUCGGACCGCGAUGAAGGGACGAGCCACAAAGGACUGAGAACAAUUCACAGUAUCUCCUAGAUCAAUAACCCAAAGGGGUAUGCGUGCGUGACCACUACGGAACCGGUUGGUCUUCUGUUCGAUAUUCAGCCGCUCUCUCACAUGGACUAAUUACACCUUGCAUCGAUCCGCACGGCCACAUUGCGUGCCAACUUUCUACAGUGAGCACAAAAGACAGCAUUUAGUAUUCAACAACCAGAUAUAACGCAGCGUGUACAUGUUUGUGUGCAGUAAUCAUCCCCUGCCUUCCACGCAAGCAAGGUAAACUUUUAACUUAGUUCAAGUACCGUCCAUAAGUAGAGAUGUCGAAUUCCGGUAAGACGUUACCGGGCCCUCGCGGACUGCCCCUCCUGGGGAAUAUUCUGGACCUGGGCGAGGCGUCGCACGUCAGCCUCAGCCAGCUGGCCCAAAAGUACGGCGAUGUCUAUCAGAUACGGAUCGGCAGCCGGCCGGUGGUGGUGCUGAACGGCAUGGAGACCAUCAAGCAGGCGCUGGUCAAACAGUCCGUGGACUUCGCAGGCCGGCCUGAUUUCAUGUCCUCGCAGUCCAUGAAGGAAAUCAAUGGCGGCAGCAUGACUUUCUCCGACUACAGCCCCGCCUGGAAAGUGCAUCGUAAGAUCGCCGAGACGGCCCUGAGGCAUUUCACCUCGGGCCAGCAGUCCCAGUCGGUGCAGGACAAAGUUUUGUUCGAAGUUCAGGAACUCAUCAACACCUGGACCAAUAACAACGUGGGCAGCACCGUGGUCGACCCCUCCAUCGUGCUCAAACUCUCCGUCAGUAACAUCAUGUGUUCCUACAUCUUCAGCAGACGGCACAAGUUGGACGACCCGAGAUUGACGGAAUUCUCGGCUAUGAGCGACGAUUUCGGUGCCGCAGCUUCCAGCGGCAACACCUUGGACUUCAUGCCGUGGUUGAAGUACCUGCCCACCAAGACCAUGCAGAAUUUCCGGAGACUGCUGCUGAACUUCAAAGAUUGGUUCGGCGGGUACAUCAACCAGCACAACGAGGCUUACCAGGAGGACUCCGAGAAAGACAUCUUAGACUACCUGAUCACCGUGGGGAAUAAGAUGGAGACCGAGGAACUCAAGCAGCUGAAUCUGACCCGUGAGAUUUUGCAGACGACCGUGUAUGACCUCUUCGGUGCCGGGUUCGACACCGUAUCGGCCGUCCUCACGUGGGCCGUUCUCCUCAUGAUCUUACACCCGGACAUCCAGAGGGACAUACAGGAGGAGAUCGACGAAGUGAUCGGUACGGACAGGUCACCUCAACUCUCCGAUCGCGGUAAGUUGCCGCUGACCGAAGCUUGCCUGCAUGAGGUGCUCCGUUACUCCAGCGUGGUACCCUUCACCAUCCCGCACAGCACCACACGGGACACCCAGUUAAACGGCUACCAGAUCCCUAAAGACACCGUCAUCUUCGUCAACCUACACUCCAUCAAUCAGGACCCCAAGUUGUGGACCGAGCCGCAGGAGUUCAACCCCCGGCGGUUCCUCGCCGCCGACGGUCGCUUAGACCCGGAAAAGACCGCAAGCGUACUGCCGUUCGGCGCGGGACGGCGACGGUGCCUGGGCUCGGAGCUGGGCAGGAUCGAGAUGUUCCUGUACUUCACCUCGCUGCUGCAAAAGUGCACGCUGGAGAUUCCCAACGGAGAGCGGCCCAGCACCGCUUGCGUUCCCGGUCUGGCACAGCGUCCCUUACCCUUCCAGAUGAGGAUCAAAUUUCGAGAAAAAUGACCCUUGAAUCGCGAAGAAAGGAGUAUUCCCUCAUCCUUGAGUAAUAACGAUGAAUAACGAAUAUCCUCAUGUAGUAAAUGUACCUCAUUUCCAUGGAUUAUACAUUCAAGAAGACUAUCAAAAGAAACUCUGAGCAAUACCAAAAAUGAGACAUUGAAUUAACCUGUUCUAUGCAUUCCUGAAAAUAUUAAUUGAAGAAAUGCAUAUUGUUGAUUGUUGCUUUAAUACAUUUUAGUUUGUAAAUUGCCAAUUUUAAAGAAUAUUUCCACCAUGUUUUGUUAGGUAUCAUUAACAUUUAUAUAUAAGAAAACAUCCAUAUAUACGCCAAAUCCUAUUAUUAAACAAGGUGUGUGCAAAUAAGAGCAGCUGCAGACGGCCAGAAAAAAAGGAUAAAAGAUUGAAAAAUAUAAUGCAAGAAAAUUUAAAAUUCAAAUAAUUGAGAAUUGCUUUUUACUCACCCGUCACGUGAAAGAAAGACUGAAGUUGCAUUUAAGGUGCUGUAUACUUUAUUUAUAUACAUGUAAUUUGUUUACUUUUAGGUGAUCAUUAUGAUAACAGAAGUUGUUUGCCUAUAAUUUUCUGAGAUGAAAAUUGCUACGGUUUUGCGAAAUGCUAUACAGAUGAGUCGCAAUUUGAGUACAUUUCAUCGUAGUUUGAUUUAAUGGGAAUAAAAAUCUGGUCGUCUCUUGCUCAGAAAAGUUUUCAUAACGUUAUUUCGUGAAACUUGAAGUGGAUUUUCAAAAACUGUCUGUCAAAAGUUUGCCUCGUUGUUCACUAUUUUUUUUUGUAAUUUGGAAUGUUUUCAGACACCAAAUAUUGUAAAAAAUUGUACAGUCAUCCUGAAAUAUUCGAAAGGUGUAAAUUACUAAGUGUAUUAUAAUUUAAAAAAAAGAAGAGUUUAGACAUUAUUUACUGGUCGAUAUUAUCACGAAAAUGUGCACCAAAUAUGUUAAUUCCUGAUAUAGUUAUCGGUUUAUUCUAAUUAUGUAAGCCUUUGUUUCAAUAACCAUGUGAUCUAUCUAUUAAAAAUAUAACGUAGUAACGAUCGCUAA